AUGCCUAGCCCUGAUUCUUUCCAUUCAGAAGUUCAGACAUUACCUGCUGUCCAACAAGUGGUGCUUAUAUCCAAAUCUGAUCCUGCGAAGUUUUUACUUUCAAAGCCGGUAUUGAUGGGAAGGUCGGCCAAGUGGAUUCUUCAAAUGUUAGAGCUAGACAUAACGUGUGCAUCACUAAGGGCUAUUAAAGGACAAUUCGUUGCAGAUUUACUGGCAGCAUUCCCUGGAGAAGGCACUACUGCACUACACGAGGAUAUCCCUGGAGAAUUUCCAGAGAUCUACGUUGUCGAAGGAGAGGCAUGGCUGCUGUAUUUUGAUGACUCCGCCACUCCUAGCAAUAACACUGGAGGGGCAGGCGUGGUCCUAGUGUCUCCAACUGGCGAAGUUUUCUCGCAUUCCUUCAAGUUGUACUUUCAGUGCACCAACAACUCAGCAGAGUAUGAAGCCUUUCUCAUAGGACUUUCAAUAUCCAAACAAGCAGGGGCCACUCGCCUGGAGAUAAGAGGUGACUCUAAGUUACUGGUUAAUCAUAUGAAUAGAAUGUAUGCGUUGAAGGAGGUAACGCUGGCCCCGAAUCGAUCAGAGGAGCAAAGAUUAUUAAACUACUUUGCUGAUGCAACCAUAACCCAUGUUGGUCGCAACAACAACAGGCAUGCCGAUUGUUUAGCCACGCUGGCAUCCAAAUUAUAG